AUACAGUUGUAGACUUGACCUCAUUUAGUCCAACAGUUUUCCGACUUUUUCCAGCAGAUGCCGCGGUAAAUUCGAAGCCGGCCAGUAGGCGGACAGACGCAGGAGCGGCUCCGGCAAACACCCCUCCCUCCCACCUCCCAGACUGGGGCAAAACAAGCCGUCCUCCAGCAGGCGACGGGGGCGAGGAGAAGCCUGGUCAGCUGGAGCAGCACAGAUGUCAUCCCUCCAGAGGAACACCGCCGAUAUAAUGAACCGGAGAUUGUGCCAUCGCAUUUUCCGCUCCUUCAUGUGUCCGUGAGCCGCAGGAGGACAGUAUGAAGUGCUACGCGUACUAAAAUCCAGUCUAAAAGAUGAAAUGCUUCUCCCGGUACCUGCCUUACAUCUUCAGACCGCCCAGCAGCCUCCUGUCGUCCAGCUGCCACACUGAGGCUGACAUCAUAUCCACGGUUGAGUUCAACCCGACAGGAGAACUGCUGGCCACUGGAGACAAAGGUGGACGAGUGGUGGUCUUCCAGAGAGAGCAGGAGAGUAAGAACCAGCCUCAUCGUCGAGGGGAGUACAAUGUUUACAGCACCUUCCAGAGCCACGAGCCUGAGUUUGACUACUUGAAAAGCCUGGAGAUUGAGGAGAAGAUCAACAAGAUCCGAUGGCUGCCGCAGCAGAACGCCGCAUAUUUCCUCCUGUCCACUAAUGAUAAAACCGUAAAGCUAUGGAAAAUAAGCGAGAGAGACAAACGACCAGAGGGCUACAAUCUAAAGGAUGAAGAUGGCAGGAUACGGGACCCGUCCACCAUCACAGCUCUGAGGGUGCCUGUGUUGAGGCCAAUGGACUUGAUGGUUGAAGCAACACCUCGCCGCAUUUUCGCGAACGCUCACACCUAUCACAUCAACUCAAUCUCCGUCAACAGUGACUACGAAACGUACAUGUCCACAGAUGACUUGAGGAUCAACCUGUGGAACUUGGAGAUCACAAACCGAAGCUUUAAUAUUGUGGACAUAAAGCCAGCCAACAUGGAGGAACUGACUGAGGUGAUCACAGCGGCUGAGUUUCACCCUAACCAGUGCAACACGUUUGUCUACAGCAGCAGCAAGGGCUCGAUAAGACUGUGCGACAUGAGAACCUCCGCACUUUGCGACAACCACUCUAAGCUGUUUGAGGAACCAGAAGACCCCAGUAAUCGUUCCUUCUUCUCGGAGAUCAUAUCCUCCAUCUCGGAUGUGAAAUUCAGCCACAGCGGACGCUACUUGAUGACCCGUGACUACCUCACAGUGAAGGUGUGGGACAUCAAUAUGGAGAGCAAGCCUUUGGAAACUUACCAGGUCCAUGACUAUCUUCGCAGUAAGCUGUGCUCGCUGUACGAGAAUGACUGCAUCUUCGACAAGUUUGAAUGUGUCUGGAAUGGAACUGACAGUGUCCUAAUGACAGGCUCCUACAACAAUUUCUUUCGCAUGUUCGAUCGGAACACGAAGCGCGACGUGACUCUGGAGGCCUCGCGGGAGAACAGCAAACCCAGAGCCAUCCUCAAACCACGCAAAGUUUGUGUCGGCGGCAAGCGGCGUAAAGACGAAAUCAGCGUAGACAGUCUGGACUUCAGCAAGAAGAUUCUACACACCGCAUGGCAUCCCAAUGAGAACAUCAUCGCCGUGGCUGCCACCAACAACCUCUAUAUAUUUCAGGACAAGGUCAACUAGCACGUAGCUCUGACGUCUCCAGUUUAACAGCAACAAAAGGCACUAUUUCUCUAGAUGGACCAGGAGUGGAAAGGUUGGGACUCACUAACCGUGAGGAACAUCUAGAUGAGCUUUGCCUUCACAGCAGAUUUGACGCUGCACUGAAUCUGACGAAAAACUUGAAAAUGCACUGCGAACCACGGACAAUGGCUGUUGGACUGCUUUUGUUUUUAAUUAAAAUCUCCCCUUUCUGUAGGUUUACUGGUUACCCACAGCAGUACGAAGAGCAUCCGCUUAACUUUGUCACUGACGGCCCUUUCACACGACAGGUCUUUCAAUCAUUAACUAUGUUUCUAAAUACGCGAACUAGAUCUAUGCGCAAAACUGGAAUAUCGCAUAAAACAUUUGCGAAUUAAGAAGCCGAUGUGUCCAAGAAAACAAAACCAUCACUUCCUGAUAAACUGGCGACAAAUAUCAAAGCCACUGUGGCCAUUUUUUUAAUAAUAAAUUACUUCCGCCUCAAAAAAUGAAACGCAAUGAACGUGCGGUGGCUUUUGGCACGUGACUUUACUUGAUGCGAUUGCUGAGAUUUAUUCGGUGAAUGUGUUUCAAUCGUAAAUUAUGUUUCCAUACAAACACACAAUUUCGAUUUAUGCAUAAAACAUUUGCGAAUUAAGCUUUGUUCCCAUCCAGUAAGUCAAAAACAACAAAAUCGACCUUUGUCUUUCGUUUCCAUACAAAUACGCAAAUUAGAUUUAUAUGCAAAACUUGAAUACUGCAGAAGACAUUUGCAACUUCAGCUGUUUCCAUCCAGUGAGUUAUAAAAAAAAAUAUAUAUAUAUAUCGUCACUUGCUGAUAAACUGACGGCAAACACUAAAAAGAAAAAUGGAAUUUGAAUUGUUUUUCUUAUAUAAUAAAUUAAAUACGCCUCAGAAGAUGAAACACAAUGAACAUGCGUUGGCUUUUGGCAAAUGACUUUUUUGGAUGUGACUGCUGAGAUUUAUUCAGUAAAUGUGUUUCAAUCAUGAGCCGUUUUAAUAGAAACACGCAAAAUAUAUUUAUGCGCAAAACUCAAAUAUCGCAUAAAACAUAUGUGACUUAAUCUCCGUUACCAUACGAGUAUAAAUAAAAAAAUAAUAAAAAGAAUCUGCACUUUCUGAUAAACUGAUGCCAAAUAUCAAAAAGAAAAAUUUUAUUUGCUGUGGUAGAAGCCAAUGUUGGCUUUUUUUUCUUAUAUAAUAAAUUAAUUGCACCUCAGAAGACAUUAACUGAAUUAAUCUCAGCAAUGUUUCUAUACAAUUUUGCGAGUUAAAUUUAUGCAAAAAACUGGAAUAUCGCAUAAAACACUAGCGACUUGAACUCUGUUUCCAUCCAAUGAGUCAGAGUGUCUCCCAAUGAGUCACUUGCUGAUAAACUGACGUCAAAUAUCAAAAAGAUAAAUUUAAUGUGGUAAAAUUGCUGUGGUAGAAGCCAAUGUUGGCUUUUUUUCUUAUAUGAUGAAAUACUAGGAAUGCAAAGAAUUCGCGUGGUGGCUUUCGACACAGCUUCUUUUUUUUUUUUUAUUGAAACAUUAACCGAGUUAAUCGCUAAAAUUUUCUGUACAAAUAUGCAAAUUAGAUUUAUGCGAAAACUAGAUUAUCACGUAAAACAUGACACUUAAGUUCCGUUUCCAUCCAAUAGUUAAAGAGAUCAAAAUCGUCACUUGCUGAUUAACUGAUGCCAAAUAUCACAAUGACAAAUUUGCUGUGGUAAAAGCAGCUGCUGUGGACAUUUCUUCUAAUAAAAUAAAUACAUUUCACCUCAAAAAACAAAACGCAAUGAACGUGCGGUGGCUUUUGGCACAUGACUUUUCUUAAUGCGAUUGGUAAGAUUUAUUUGAUAAGUGGGUUUCAAUCAUAAGCUACGUUUCCAUACAAACACGCAAAUUUGAUUUAUGCAUAAAACUCAAAUAUCGCAUAAAACAUUUGCAAAUUAAGCUCUGUUCCCAUCCAGUAAAUCAAAAACAACAAAAUCGACCUGUGUGUUUCAAAUCACCUUAGUUACUUGACCUGUUUGUUUCGAAUCCCCUUAAUCACUUGACCUAUGUUUUGAAUCACCCUAGUCACAUGACCUGUUUGUUUCAACCACCUUAGUCAUGUGACCUGUGUUUUGAAUCACCUUAAGUCACAUGACAUGUUUGUUUCGAAUCACCUUAAUCACUUGACCUGCGUUUCGAAUCACCUUAGUCGUUUCGAAUCACGUGACCUGUUUGUUUCGAAUCACCUUAGUCAUGUGACCUGUGUGUUUUGAACCACUUUAGUCUCGUGACCUCUUUCGAAUCACCUUAGUCACGUGACCUGUGUCUUUCGUAUCACUUAAGUCACGUGACCUGUGUCUUUCGAAUCACCUUAAUCACUUGACCUGUUUGUUUCAAAUCACCUUAGUCACGUGACCUGUGUCUUUCGAAUCACCUUAGUUACGUGACCUGUUUGUUUCAAAUCACCUAAGUCAUGUGACUUGUUUCGAAUCACCGUAGAUACAGGACCUGUGUCUUUCGAAUCACCUUAGUCAUGUGACUUGUUUCGAAUCACCGUAGAUACAGGACCUGUGUCUUUCGAAUCACCUUAGUCACUUGACCUGUGUGUUUCGAAUCACCUUAGUCACUUGACUUGUGUUUCGAAUCACCUUAGUCACGUCACCUAGGUGUUUUGAAUCUCCUCAGUCACAUUACCUGUAUGUUUUGAAUCUUGUUAGUCACGUGACCUGUGUAUUUGGAAUCCCCUUGACCUGGCUGUUUCGGAUCAUGCGUCAGUGCAUGGUUUUCGAAACACUUACUCUUCGGGAUCUCGACAUUGUCAAAACGUCAGUUUCAUGUCAGCCAUCCCUACUUUUCGCACAUGACUCUUUUGAUGUGAAUGCUCAAUUUCUUUGGUAAAUGAGUUUCUGUUACAGUUCAUGCAAAUGAUUUUGUGACUAACAAAACAUUCAUCCUACUCAAGUUUUUAAUGAGCAUUCUGAAUUUACGCGCAUCUUUCCAUGAAGCGUUUUUAUGAGAUAUUCCAAAACGCGCAUUAAGAAACAUAGUUACCGAUCUCUUUAGCCUUCAUCAAAAGCAUAGCAGACAUCAUCUAUAAUGUAACUAGGCAGCAAGAAUGAGAAAAAAAAAUUUACCAAAUGACCAUAACGAAAUGUAUGAGAACAGUCCUGCUUAUUUGUUGAAAAUAUAGAAGAUGAAUGUGUUUCUCUCUGAAUGUGAUGACAUAAGCAGAUGCUCAGCGUUUUUCAUCCUGCUUUGGAAUGUCACAAUGGCUGUUUUUUAAUCAAAAAUCAACUGAAAAGGCAAAGCAAAUUUGACAUGGAAUGCUACAAUCUAAUAUUCGAGCUUAACCCUUCAUGCUGUAGCAUAAAGUGACAUCGACGAGUCGUCUGAAAGGGCCUCAAGCAAGAGGAAUUGUUUCUGGUCAGUAUUUAGCCUAUGUCUGAUUCUCACCUCUCGGCAGGAUAGAGACUGCAGGCGGCUUUGAUAUCUGAAUAUGUUGUUGUGGCUGCUGUGAGGUUACCAACUCUUCAGCUUAUUUUCUUUUUUAAUUUUACUUCAUCAAGGCGCGCGCAUCAUUUCUAAGCCUAUGGGCAGGAUCGAUGCAACGAGCAGGAGUGGUGUAAAACUGAAGUAAACCAUGUAGCAAAAUGUA